AUGGAAACUUACGUCAGAGGGCUAGAAUCUUUAGGCCAGUCACAAGACUCGUAUGGAACAUUACUUGUACCAAUUAUUUUGAAAAAAUUACCGGGAGAAAUUAAAAAAAACCUUGCCCAUGAACAUGGAACAGAAAACUGGUCAUUACGAGACCUCCGGAAAAGUAUUUGCAAUGAAAUUAACAUAAUUGAUGCGGGACAAGACACUGAAACUUCUGACAAUUUACCAAGUACAUCAUCUUUCUUUACCGGAACUAAAUCAACAAAACCUCGCCAAAAUCAAGCCCCAAAUACAAGAAAUAUACGCCAGAAUUUAGACACUAAACCUUGUGUAUUCUGCCGCGAUGUACACGCACCAGCGCAUUGCGCGAACAUAUCGGAUCCAGCAGCACGCAUGAACAUUGUAAAACGGGAGAAAUUGUGUUUCAACUGCCUUGGAACACACCGUAUACAUGAAUGUAAGUCAAAACACUUAUGCCGAAAUUGCAACAAAAGACAUCACACAAGUCUGUGUACUGUACGUCAAUUUAACAACAAGAACCACGAUAAUGACAGAAGUAGACAAAGCGUGCAAAAUACAAAUUACAGCCAACAACAUAUGAAUUUUCAUGGUAACAAUGGACAAGCUAAUCAGACAUCUGUACAUUUGGUAAAUGACACGGAUCGGAAGGAAGAGGACACGUCAAUUUUAUACUCAUCGUCAGUCGAGGUACGUACAAAUGUUCUUUUAAAAACUGCAGUAGCACCCGUAUGGUCAGACCACUCAUGUAGAGAUACCCAUAUACUUUUUGACGAGGGAGCACAGAGAUCAUUUGUGACCGAAGAUUUAGCAAGAAAACUUAAUUUACAGUCAGAGGGAACUGAAAUUCUACAGUUAUCAUCAUUUGGAGAUAGAAACAAAAACGUAAGACAUUUAGAUAAAUCGACAGUGUUCGUAGAAACAGAUGCAGGACAGAAAAUACCGAUAAACGUUCUAAUUGUACCAAAGAUUGCCGUACCUUUGCAGAACAAUAUUCGCCACAUCAACAGAGGACUGAAUUAUUUACGGGGACUUAAGUUAGCACAUCCAGUAACACAGGACGAGUCUUUCGAAAUAUCGUUAUUGAUCGGAGCUGACUACUACUGGGACUUAGUCGAGGAUGAAGUCAUACGGGGGAAUGGUCUAACCGCCGUGAGGUCAAAGUUAGGUUUCUUACUUUCCGGUCCAGAACAUGACGAACUACCAUCAAAAUAUACAGUCACAAGAAGAAGAACAGAGAAUGUUAUUAAGAAACUUAGUCAAGAUCCUAAACUACUAAAGAAGUAUGGAGAUAUAAUCGCCGAACAGGAACGCAGAGGAUUUGUUGAGACAGUAGAUGAAAAUGAACAAAAAGGCGGGAAAAUUCAUUACAUUCCACACCACCCUAUACACAAGGAAUCUAGCACAACUCCUAUACGAAUAGUAUACGACUGCAGUUGUCAUCAAUCACCAAGUCAUCCAAGUCUAAAUGAUUGUCUUAUGGACACACCACCAAAAUUAAAUGAUUUGACAAAACUCCUAGUACAGUUUAGAGCCAACCAGUUUGCUACAUGUACUGAUAUUGAGAAAGCUUUCUUACAUGUUGGAUUGAGCAAAGAAGAUAGAGAUGUUACCCGAUUUUUAUGGCUUAGUGACCCUACAAAUCCAGGAAGUCAGCUGAAAAUGUACAGGUUCAAAGCAGUGUUAUUUGGAGCGACGUCUUCGCCCUUUAUACUCAACGCCACAAUACAGAAACAUUUGAAACAAUUCGGAAACAGUGAAACAGCUAAAAUUCUAGAAAGAGAUAUUUACGUUGAUAACAUAUUGUCUAGUAUGAACAAAGAGGAAGAUUUACUUACGUAUUUCAAAGAAGCAAGAAGCUUGAUGGCUGGAGCUGGAUUCAACUUGAGAGUUCAAACAGUGCUAAAUUACUAG